AUGGCCACCUAUCCUGAGAGCUGCCUGGACGCUACCAUGCUGAACUUCGUCGCGGAUCUCUCACACCCACUCCUCCGCGACUUCCCACCUGGGGUCCCUUUUGGGGACGGAACACUGGGGUUCAGAGAGAGAAGACCCAGAAGGCUGUCGCAGUUUGAGGAAACAGACCAGGAGGAAGAGGGGGGCGAAGUGGUCUAUGUGGACCGGGAGGAGGAGGAAGAGGAGGGAGAGGAACGCGAGAGAGUAGCAUCCUUGCUGGGCCGCCCCAAAAGGAAAAGGGUCAUCACCUAUGCUCAGCGCCAGGCGGCCAACAUUCGCGAGAGGAAGAGGAUGUUCAACCUAAACGAGGCCUUCGACCAGCUGCGCAGGAAAGUGCCCACCUUUGCUUACGAGAAAAGACUGUCUAGGAUCGAGACCCUCCGCUUGGCCAUUGUCUACAUUUCCUUCAUGACGGAGCUCCUGCAGAGCAGCGAGAAAAAGGAGGUCCGCUAA